GGUUCGACACUCGAAGUACUACAGUUGACUCUGUACUCUUGCAGAUAGAUUGUAAUAUUAGAGCUAUUUUAUUAAACUUGUGUGUUAAUAAUCCAUUAAUAUAAAAGCUCGAAAAUUACACGUCAGUGUGCUGGAAAUUUGAAGGCAGGAAAUAUGAGCUUGCGAAGAAGCUCAGGAUACCGACCGUUAAUCAUUGCUGGUUUGAGGAAUGCUUAAAGCAAGGAAGGCGUGUUUUGGCCGAGCCAUAUUCCUAUAGUAGAAUUCAAGUAGAAAGACUUCUACAUGUCCUUUGUGCAAAGCUAGUUUCAUGUGCAUCACUAAAGUGGAAGAUGCUGCUUCCUCAGACCAGAAAAUAUAUUCCCAGAAUAUGCCAAAAGAUAGUUCGAAAACGAAUCUGUAUGUUCUUCCGGACGAAACAUAUAAUCAUCAUGCCAAUGUAUCAGCAUCAACAGCAGUUUGUUACCUAUUCUUGGGUAGAGAACCAGAGGAGCUUCUUGCUAGUUGUCAUUUCUGCACGAAUCAAUGGGUUCAUUCAUUCUGCCUUGAUCCACCACUGUUUCCAUGGACAUGCGCGCAUUGCCAGGACCUCCAGUUUCUUUACCGUCGCAACCGCUAGCUCACCUACACGCAUUGCACUUUCGUGGAAAUGUAUUGUUUCCAUCCCAGACUCUUGAUAUUUCCCUCCAAAUUCAUCCGCUUUUAUAUUAUAGACAUGGAUGAGUUCACCAGUUCUUUUCUUUGUCUGCCUUCAAUUUUUCACAGAAACAAAGUAGGUAUGAUGCUUGAAGGUUCUAUUUUGAAACUUGUCAUUUUUCUACUCAUGAAGUAGGUAAUUUGCUAGUUAAAUGUGGAUUAGGUUGCCAAAACUCCCCAAAUACACUCACAAAAACCUGUAUUAAAACAUUCAUCUCAAGCAUCACAUUCUAAUUCAAAUGCUUGUCUCUGAUAUCUAAUGAUGCUGUCAAGAAUCAUAUAUUGCAGUGCAGUUGUUUUAGCCACAACUGCAGUCAUACUUCUAGCCUUGUUCUCUCCGCUGCCCCACCGGAGCAGCCGCACCACUUCCCAGACAACGCUAUCUUUCUACGUCCAACAGCCUCAGCCAGGAAGCUCGGCUGUGGCCCCACACAGUGUGGGGGCGCUGAUCUUCCACCGGUGGCUGACGGAAGGGCCUGAUAACACUUCCCGGGUGGUGGGGAAGGCCCAAGGGUUCAUAAUACCGGUGGAGGGAUUUGCACACUCGGCUUUCAAUAUCAUUUAUCUUACGUUUCAUACGCGUGACUAUGCUGGCAGUGUUAGUAUUGAGGCCAAGAAAUUGGCUUUCAAAGAAGAGGAAGAACUGAGUGUUGUUGGUGGCACAGGUUCUUUUGCAUUUGCUACUGGAAAUGCUGUGUUUGCUCAGAUUGGGAGACAGGCAUCGAAUGUUGAAGCAUCUUAUCAUAUAAAAUUAAAUUUGGAUUUCCCAGACAAUUUUGAGAGGCGAAAGUUUUGAGAAAAUUAGUUUUGCUUUAUUUUUCUCCAUUUUUAGGCUCUACUUGCUAUUAUGAAAAUAAGAGGAUUGUGUUUGAUGCUGUGUCGCAUUUUUAUUCCAUUUUCCUUUUUUUUUAGGCCCUCCACAGUGGGGCGGACGAUAGCGCGGGCGCGCUAUCGUCCG